AUGAUGCUCAUCAUCAUCAAAGUCCAAGUCUUGGGACUCCUACUCCUACUACUUGCUUCAUGGGCCGCUGCAGUAUCCCAAAAUGUGCCGAUUGACACCCGCUACAAGGACCCGAAACAUCCCAUGAACGUUCGGAUCAAGAGCCUAGUCGACCAAAUGACACUCAAGGAGAAAAUCGGGCAGAUGGCCCAAAUCGACAGGCCCAAUGUCACUCCCGAGAUUCUCCGAGAAUAUUCCAUUGGCAGCGUAAUUAGCGCGGCUGGCAGCACGCCUCGCGAAGACCACAGGGCCACACCCGAGGAGUGGGUUGACAUGGUCAACGCGUACCAACAAGGUUCCCUCUCGAGCAGGCUCGGGAUUCCGAUGCUUUACGCAAUUGACUCUGUGCAUGGACAUAACAGUUUGUACAGAGCUACUAUCUUUCCACACAAUGUUGGCCUUGGAGCUACCAGAGAUCCAGAGCUAGUUAAGAGGAUUGGAGCUGCAACUGCAGUCGAAACCAGAGCUACCGGCAUUCCCUAUGCUUUUGCACCCUGCAUUGCGGUGUGUAGAGACCCAAGAUGGGGUAGGUGCUACGAGAGUUACAGUGAAGACCACAAGAUUGUUGAACAAAUGACCGACAUUAUUUAUGGUCUGCAAGGAGAACCUCCCGUCAAAGGCGUCCCUUACGUUGGUGGAAAAGACAAAGUGGUGGCAUGUGCAAAACACUUUGUUGGUGAUGGUGGCACUGUAAAUGGAAUUGAUGAGAACAACACGUUGACUGAUUGGAAAGGACUAAUGAGCAUUCACAUGCCGGGAUACUACCACUCUAUCAUCAAGGGUGUCUCGACUAUAAUGGUGUCUUAUUCAAGCUGGAACGGUGUCAAAAUGCAUUCCAACAGAAACCUCGUCACACAAUUCCUCAAAUCCACCCUCAAAUUUAGAGGAUUUGUGAUAUCAGAUUGGCAAGGUGUGGACCGGAUGACUUACCCGUGGGGCUCCAAUUAUUCAACAUCACUUGUAACCGCGAUUAAUGCGGGCGUGGACAUGGUUAUGGUUCCACCCAAUCACACAGAAUUUCUCCGCCUAAUGACUUCUCAUGUGAACAACAAAUUGAUACCUAUGAGCCGCAUAGAUGAUGCGGUCAAAAGGAUUUUGAGAGUGAAGUUCAUCAGUUUGGGUCUUUUUGACAACCCUUUGGCCGAUUACAGCUUAACCGAUCAAAUCGGUACAGAGGCUCACAGAGAAUUGGCAAGAGAGGCUGUAAGAAAAUCACUUGUUCUAUUGAAGAAUGGAAAAGAAAAUUCGACUAACCCUCUACUUCCACUCCCCAAAAAGACACCGAAAAUCUUGGUCGCCGGAACACAUGCCAACAAUCUCGGUUUACAAUGUGGUGGUUGGACUGUCGACUGGCAAGGUGUCAACAACAACACCCUCAUAAGUGGAACCACUAUAUUGAAUGCCAUCUCAACUACGGUUGACCCAAGUACAGAAAUCGUGUACAGCGCAAAACCGGAUGUUGAAUCAUUGAAUGCGGACGAGUUUUCAUACGCUAUUGUGGUGGUGGGGGAGCACACGUAUGCAGAGCAAUAUGGAGACAACACGAACCUAAGUAUUCCAGAACCGGGUCUUACCACAAUGAAUAGCGUAUGCAGCAAAAUGAAGUGUGUUGUGAUUAUAAUUUCGGGACGGCCGCUAGUCAUUGAGCCGUAUCUUCCAAACAUUGAUGCCCUUGUGGCUGCAUGGUUACCUGGUUCUCAAGGACAAGGUGUAGCUGAUGUGCUGUUUGGGGACUAUGGUUUUACGGGGAAAUUGCCGAGAACAUGGUUCAAGAGAGUCGAUCAACUUCCAAUGAACUUUGGGGAUGCGCAUUAUGAUCCUCUUUUUCCUUUCGGAUUUGGACUCACCACAAAGCCUUUGGAGGAAAAUAGUUAG